CAUCCUCCGUAUAAAAGCAACAAGGGCUCACUUGUGGAAAGAGAUACUAAACAAGAGGAAGGUGGAAGAUGGCGCGGGGUUGUUGUAUUCGCCAAGACGGUGCGCCCGGAUGCUGCUGCUGUAGAGUGGAGUGGGCGAUGUGGGGAAACAUGAACGCUCUCUAUGCCGCUGCUAGUGAGGCUGAAAGUAGUUGGAUUGACCUAGAGAACGGCAAAAGUAGUUUUAGCGUGUCGUAUUUAUGACUCCCUUUCUUCUGGUAGUUUUGUUCAUCGGAGGAGUGGUUGGGGCGACGGUGGAGACAAUUGAACUAGACCAAGAGAAUGUGGCACCUCACAACUUUGGAGCUGUAACGAGAUGGAUGGUCAUACCCAUCUCACUCUUCAUCUUCCUUGUGGAGUAUCCACGCAGCGCUCGCAAGAACAGAGGCAGAAAUGUCGAGAGACCAGGUCAGAAGUACGUGGCUCCGUUGCUGCACAAUCUCCAUUUCAUUGGCAGGAACUAUGUGGUCCGAUUCGUGAUAUACAUGCUGUUGUUGGUACCAGCUCUCUUUGUCCUGUCCACCAUCAUGGGGGCCAUGUGUCUCUUCAUCGCCUGCGUCUGCUACUUUGUGGCUGCUCUGAACGGAGAACAGUGGAAGGCACCCACCCUGGCGUGGGGACCUGGACGAGAGGUGAAGCAAGAGGCAACCCCCGGCCGCACACUCCCAGAAGCCCCCUCUCAUCCUCCCCCUCGCCCCCCACCCCAGACCAAGGAGACCACGUUCACAGCUCCACCCAAUGCCCCACCCCCUCGACCUGUCCAUCAACACGAGAACUAAACCAAAACAGUACAUGAACUCCUGACACUCUCAUUAGGAUAUGUGUGUAUUAAUCAUUUUUAGUUUAGGUUACGUAAUGCCAAUUUGUCUUUUAGUUGUGUGAAAUAAUCAAAGUGAAUUUUUAAUGAAAAACCAGCAAAAAAGGGUGAGAAUGAUUGAUCAAUGAUGGGUGGCUCCAAUUGGAGUGGGUAUUGUCACUGGGUAGCAGGCAGCUGCUGUUCCUGCCAGCGUCGCUGUUUCUCUUCAAACAAUCUCACUCUGUCCUGUGUCUCCUUCACCACCUUCCUCAUUACCUCGUCCUCCAACUGUGCCCCCAUAAUUAAUACCUCAUCACAGUAACAGAUCUUACAGCAGGAAACCAUCAAUGGAAAACUGACUUUAGGAGAUCAUUUUGAGCAAGCAGGCAAGCAU